CGGGUGCUCGAGCCGCCGCAGCAGAGCCAACUUUGGAAAAAGUUUUUUUUGGAAGACUCGCGCUUUGAGGUGCCCAGCCCUGCGCUUUCUGAUUUGGGGGACCUUUCCAGAAAAUGUUGCAGAAAAACUAAGCCAGCGGGCAGAGGAAAACGCCUUUAGCCGGCGAGGGAAGACGAGCCACCGACUGCCGCGUUCCUUUUCCUCUUGGAGGUUGGAGUCCCCUGCGCGCCCCCACACGGCUAGACGCCUUGGCUGGUUCGCGACGCAGCCCCCCGGCCGUGGAUGCUCGCGCGGGCUCGGGAUCCGCCCAGGUAGCGGCCUCGGACCCUGGUCCCGUGCCCAGGUCCUCCCCAGCCCCCCAGCGACGGAGCCGGGGCCGGGGGCGGCGGCGCCCGGGGGCCAUGCGGGUGAGCCGCGGCGGCGGCUGCAGCGGCCGGAGCGCCUGAUCGCCGCGGACCCGAGCCGAACCCACCCUCCUGCCCAGCCCCCCGCCCUGGCCGCGGGGGCGGCGCGCUCCGUCUACGCGUCCGGGGCCCCGCGGGGCCGGGCCCGGAGUCGGCAUGAAUCGCUGCUGGGCGCUCUUCCUGUCUCUCUGCUGCUACCUGCGUCUGGUCAGCGCCGAGGGGGACCCCAUUCCCGAGGAACUCUAUGAGAUGCUGAGUGACCGCUCCAUCCGCUCCUUCGAGGACCUCCAGCGCCUGCUGCACAGUGACUCCGUAGGUAAAUCGCAUCCUCCCCCCUGCCCUGGCCCCUGGCCCCUGGUGCCUCUGCCAUGCCCUGGCCUCUGUGGAGGAGCUGGGAGGGACCCACAGACCUGGGGCCCCUGCAGCCCUCCUGCCUUCCAGGGAGGGCCCAGCCACACCCGCCUCGGCAGACGGAGGGCACACAGGUUGGUACCUGGAUGUGGGGUGUGGCGGAGAAGCGCCCACGUGUGGCUGGGGAGCCCGGGGCGGUGCGGGCUCAGGCAGGACCCUCCUGACGCGGCUCCCCUCCCCGUAGGGCCCCUGGCAGCGGCGGAGCCAGCCAUGAUCGCCGAGUGCAAGACGCGCACCGAGGUGUUCGAGAUCUCGCGGCGCCUGCUGGACCGCACCAACGCCAACUUCCUGGUGUGGCCGCCGUGCGUGGAGGUGCAGCGCUGCUCUGGCUGUUGCAACAGCCGCAACGUGCGCUGCCGGCCUGCGCAGGUGCAGCUGCGGCCCGUGCAGGUGAGAAAAAUCGAGAUCGUGCGGAAGAAGCCAACCUUUAAGAAGGCCACGGUGACCCUGGAGGACCACCUGGCCUGCAAGUGUGAGACGGUGGUGUCUGCGCGGCCUGUGACCCGGAGCCCCGCGGGUUCCCAGGAGCAGCGAGCCAGGACACCCCAGACUCGGGUGACCAUUCGGACCGUGCGAGUCCGCCGGCCGCCCAAGGGGAAGCACCGGAAGUUCAAGCACACACACGACAAGACGGCGCUGAAGGAGACCCUCGGGGCCUAGGGCAUCGGCAGGAGUGUGGGCAGGUUAUUUAACGUGGUAUUUGCUGUAUUGCCCCCAUGGGGUCCUUGGAGUGAUAAUGUCGUCCCCCUCGUCCGUCUGUCUCGAUGCCUGAUGCGGACGGCCAAUGGUGCUGCCCCCGCCCUCCACGUGUCCAUCCACCCUCCUCCUGGCGGCGCCCUGCCCAGCAGCUCCAGAAGGAAACCAGGGCCGAGUCACCGCUGCCCCCUCCCCGGCCCCGAGGACCUGGGCAGGAGUGCGAGAGACAGAGGGGACAGGGUCUCCCACACCACCCCACGCGUGGCCCACCCCCGCCCAGUGCUGGGGACUGGCCCGAGGAACUCCGCCUGUGGCCCUCAGGACCCGGUCCCUGGACCCCAGGCCAGCUCCCGGAGACACCUCUAGGUGACCUGGAUCUCUCCAACUCCUGCGGCCAGGACCACGCUUCAGGGGCACAGACUGGAGACCUGCCGCCCUGUCCCCUCCGGGCCACCUCUGCUCACAGCGGCUUCCUUUCUCUUUAUAUGUAUGAAUCUCCAAAGACGGGGACUCCUGGGCCGGUGGCUGAGUGCCCUCUGGCAGGUUAGAUGAGGCUCACUCCUCAGGUGAGCCUAGACAGCCACCUGAGCGUCCCCUGCUCUUCCCGUCUCGCCCCUCCCCCAGUGCCACCCAAUUCACUUCCGCUUCUGUUUCAUCUCUCUACCUCCACCCUGGGUGUUCCUCUUGUCCUGGCCCUUCAGUCUGUUCUACCAAGGGGUUCUUGGACCCCGGAUUGAGGCCCCAGAUGACCCCGAUCACUCUUCUCCAAGGCAGAAGGCCAGGGGCCAGGGCAGCAGGAGACCUGCCCAUCUUAUUCCAACCCAGCCAAGACUGCCAUUUAAGGUUAUUCAGGGUGUGUACUGCACAAGGGCACUGCAUGCAAGGGAGCAUUCUGCACACCCUAGAUAUAGCCGAUUUGUCUAUUUAUUAUGACAGUUUCUGGAAGAUGUAGGCCAAGCAUCCGAGGAAAAGAAUCCUGUCUCUAAUUCACACACAGGCUCUGUGUGGACUGCCCCUGUUCUGACCCAAGCUGUGGCUUGGAGUAGUCAGACAGGAGUGAGCCCUUGGUAUGGUGACACAGAGGCCUGGGCUCUGCUGUCCCCGCUGUCCCCUCCAGGUCUGCGGGAAGCACCCAGGGAGUUCGCCCGCCCCACCCCCUCCCUUUGAGAUGCACCUGGAGGCCCUGGGGGGGGGUGCGCUCCCUCCCCUGCCUCCCACCGCACCCCCAGCCUGCUUCCUUCAGUUUGUAAAGUCGGUGAUUAUAUUUUUGGGGGCUUUCCUUUUAUUUUUUAAAUGUAAAAUUUAUUUAUAUUCCGUAUUUAAAGUUGUAAAAAAAAAGAAAUAACCACAAAACGAAAA